CUGUCCACCACAAGCAGACUUGAGCUGGGAGAGCAUUGGCGGGUGAUGAAGGCUCCAUGGCUCCUGAUGUGGGCAGCAUUGCUGCUUCCCACUCCCGGAACAUCUGGGAAAUCUGAGCUGCCCAAGGCCGUGGUGACCCUCGACCCGCCCUGGAUCAAUGUGCUCCAGAAGGAUCUGGUGAAGCUGCACUGCCAGGGCCCCUACAGCCCUGAGGACCCUAAGACCCACUGGUUCCACAACGGCAGCUCCAUGGACACUCAGGGGCAGCCCAGCGUGAGCUUCACGGCCAACAGCAACUCCAGCGGGAGCUAUAGCUGCCAGAUGAAUGGCAGCCUCCUCAGCGACCCGGUGCAGCUGACAGUGAUCUCGGACUGGCUGCUCCUGCAAACUACCGCGUUGCAGUUUCAAGAGGGGGACCCCAUCGUUCUUCGGUGCCACAGCUGGCAGAACAGGCCCUUGGUCAAGGUCUCCUUCUUCCAGGACGGACAAGCCAAGAAUUUCUCCCACUAUGAUCAGAAAUUCUCCAUCUCGAAGGCCAACCUGAGCCACAGUGGGAAGUACAGCUGCCGGGGCUACAUCGGGAGAAAGGAGCACAACUCAAAGCCAGUGGCCAUUGCUGUCCUAGGUGGGCACACCACUGACACAGGGGCCCCUACCAGCCUCAAAUCUUUGAUAGUGACAGUGGUGGCAGUGCUGGCCGUGGUGGCUGUAGUCCUGGGUGUGGCUGCCUGGUGGAGUCUUCGCCGGAAGAAGUUCUCAGUUGCGUGCCCCAAUGCUGAGGAGGUGUCGAAAAAGGAGACGGAGAACACCAUCACAUACUCUAUACUGACACAUCCAGAAGAGGAGACCCCUAAGUACCUGAAUAGCACAUAGCCUCCCCGCUGUCCUGAGGGGUCCCAGAGAGACACCUCUGCCUGAGAAGUGGAGCUGGCCCACCACCACAGAAGACUCUGUGGCCUCUGCAGCCCCAAGCAUUGUCUGUCCCACACACAGAUAGAUGGAUGGAUGGAUGGAUGGCUGUCACAGCAGCUCCACUAUGGAUACGCACUGACAUACGUGACUUCAGACUGUGCCAAUCACUAACAUGUGCCCUAUGCUCUCAGAGAUGGGGUGGCGCCUGGCGACAAUUUUUA